AAUGCAUAACAUUUUCGCUCUACGGUUUAGCUGCCAAUUUCAAGAGCAAAAUACGUCAUAAGUUCUCUGGGGGAGUGGAUUUUUUCGAUAUUUGUGAUUAGUAAACCUUUCUAAUGCAUUAAAACUUAGAUAAUGUUACACAAUCAAAAUGGCCAGAGCUUUUAUGAUCGUCAGCCUUUCCAACCAGAGAAGCAGUUCGGGUACCCUGGUGUUAAUGAUCCUAGACAGUACGCUUUUGAUGGAUCCAACUCGAACGUGAUCGAUGCUCAGGCACAGGCUCAUCCUCAUAACAGUUUUCAGUCACCACCAAACAACUUCCCGGGGAUCCAGAACCAACCGUUUCAAACACAACCUCAGCCCAUAAAUUAUCCCGGCUUACCUGUGCAGAACAUAAACCAGCCUCCACUUCCACCAAUGCCUCAUACUCCUAGUCAUCAGGAUUUCAGUGCUAGGCCCCAACAACCUCUGUCUCCCCCGAUGCCGCCAAUGCCUCCAGGACAUGGUGGUAUUCGACCGGCUGGUUUCCCACCAGCCCAGCCUGGAGGACGCUUCCCAAUGGCAAACAAUACGGGUAGUCAGCCGCAUCCGAUGCAGCCUCAACAGCCUUACCAAAAUGGUCCAGUUUCCAGACAACCACAAUUCUCCCAAAAUGUAAACGCUGACGGCCUACCUAGUGCGGUCGAGGUUAUUGAAAGUAACCGCACUCAAUGCACUGGGCCCUUCUACACGGGACAACGAGGUGUUAUGCCUCCUUUAGUCACGACUGAAUUCAUCUCACGAGAUCAAGGUACAUGUGCACCUUGUUUUAUUAGAUCUUCGCUGUACUCCGUACCAACCACCUCUGAUCUACUAAAAACUGUCGGUGUUCCCUUUUCGCUUACAAUAUCUCCUUUUGCAGUGCAACAUGCAGAGGAUAUGAACAUUGUGAUAAGUGAUAUGGGUCCUCAGGGUCCAGUUCGGUGUAUACGUUGUAAAGCCUACAUGAAUCCUUUUAUGAAUUUUAUCGAUGGAGGUCGAAGGUUCCAAUGCCCUCUUUGUAAUGGUUUUACUGAAGUUUCAGCUGAAUAUUUUGCUCAUUUGGAUCAUACUGGACGUCGUGUAGAUGCAGGUCAGAGACCUGAACUUUGUUUAGGAAGCUAUGAACUGAUAGCAACUGCAGAAUAUUGCAAAAAUAGUCAACUGCCUUUACCUCCAGCUAUUAUAUUUCUGCUUGAUGUCUCUCAGUCAGCUAUACGUUCAGGUUUGGUGCAACUGUUUUGUUCUCAGUUCAUAGAACGAAUUUUACCAGCUCUACCCAUAGAAAAUUUUGGAUCUCAAGAUGGAGUUAAUCCUAUUAGAGUAGGAUUUAUUACAUAUGAUCAUCAGCUUCAUUUUUACACAGUACCUCGGGAGUCAACUCCUGGGCAACCAUCUGAACUCAUAAAUCAAAGCUCCUACAAUUAUGGCAAGCCUCAAAUGUAUAUUGUAGCAGAUAUUGAAGAUGUGUUUGUACCUGCAGUUGAAGGAUUCCUUAUUCCUCCAGAUCCUGUUGCCAUUUCUAGUAUUCUGGAGAUGAUACCUACUCAGUUUUGUGCAGAAAAUGCGGUUAACAGACAACCUGCAGAUUCAGUUUUAGGACCAGCCAUUCAAGCUGGAAUGGAAGCUUUACGUGCUGCUAGUCGUUGUGGAAAACUGUUUGUUUUACAUGCUAAUCUGCCAGUUGCUGAAGCACCGGGAAAACUGAAACAUCGAGAUGAUCGCCGUCUAAUAGGAACUGAAAAGGAGAAAACACUUCUUGUCCCAGAUAGUGAUUUCUAUACUGGACUUGGUCAAACCUGUGUAGAAGUUGGCUGUAGUGUAGAUCUCUUUCUUUUCCCAAAUGCAUACACUGAUAUUGCUUCGUUAGCUGAAGUUCCCAGGAUAACAUCUGGACAUUUAUUCAAGUAUAACUGUUUUCAGGCUGAUCUUCAAGGUCAUCAAUUUUUAGCUGAUCUCCAGCAUACUUUACGCAAUCUGCGAGCUUUCAAUGCAGUUAUGCGUGUACGUACAAGUACUGGUAUCAGACCAGUUGAAUUCUUUGGCAACUGUUAUCUCCCGAAUACAACUGAUGUCGAACUAGCUGGUGUAAGCGCUGAUAUGGCCAUCACAGUUGAAUUACGUCAUGAUGAUAAACUUCAAGAAGGUGAACUUGUAUUCAUUCAGGUUGCAUGUCUUUAUACUUCAAUUUCUGGCCAACGAAGAUUACGUAUUCAUAAUUUAUCAAUUCCAGCAACAAAUAUGAUAACUGAAGUAUUUCGUCUUGUUGAAUUAGAUACUCAUAUGAAUUGGUUGAGUAAAUACUCUAUGCGUUCAUUACUCAGUCGUACACAUUCACAAGUAAUGGAUGAUAUAACGACAAGAGCUGCAAAUACACUGGCUGCUUAUCGUCGUCAUUGUGCUGGUGGACCCGGUGAUAUCGGUUCAAGUCCUGGUGAAUUAGUAUUACCGCAAAAUAUGAAAUUAUUCCCAUUGUAUAUACAAUGUCUUAUGAAAACUGAGGCAUUUAGUUCAGCUGACGGUAUAACAAUCGAUGAUCGUUGUUGGCAAAUGUUUUUAGUCAAUCAAAUGGAUGUGAAACAAUCCAAUUGUUAUCUUUACCCACAUUUAUAUCCUGUGGUAAGAUUUUUCAGACUUUUGUUAGUGUAUUUUUAAAAGUAAAAACGUAUUUAAAACGAACAAAGAGGAUGCACUCAGUAUGCCUGUGCACAUAUUUGCUCGAAGUAGUAGUGAGCAAUGAGUUGCACACCUAUUCCAUAUCAGGGUUUUAUUGAUGUUCCUAUCUGUCUGGCGAAACCUCAAUAGGUGAAGCGGGUUUUAAACCCCAAUGACCCACAACUCCUCAUUAACGACUACUUUCAGGAUUGUUUCUAAGCUUUUUAAUUCUUUCGAUAGGAAAAAUAGCUUUGAAAUAUGAUAGUUACCAUUUUUAGCCUUAGUUAGUAGUUGAGAAGCCCGGAUACUUAGUUGCAAUCGUGUCAUGAUUGUGAUAAAUCAUUUCAGAAUAUGCAUCAUUAGUCAAUAAUUAUUUUACACGUUGUGUGAUUCAAGAUAUUGAAGUUUUGAGACGUUUACUUGUUGACCUGUUAGUUAGUUGUUAGCUUGCUGUCCUAUAGACAACUGGAACACUCUGAGGUAGGGGUAGAGUCGGGGUAACUUCAGUCAUCAGUUCGAGUGAUUACUGAGUUGGCUUCAAGUUUCCAUCCAUCCAGAUCAACCUAGGACCAGGCAUUACUGCGUAACGGUUCGAGUUGCCAGACCUCAUCACUACAUCAAGUGAAAAGGCAGCGAAACGCAAGAUGAAGAUAAGAGAAUGCAGUCAAAAGAAAUAUAAAGUACUAAAAGAGAGGAAGGAAGACUGAGAAGAUGGUGGGAUUCGAUAAAGCGUUAAGAUGAGGAUAAUGUGUGUAUACUGACAUCCGUUCUCAACCAUGUAAUCAUCUAGAGUCUCCAACCACUGGUUACUCUUAUCCCGUGGACUGGAACCACCCAGUCUGCAUCGCCCCACAUCACUCAAACCAACAGUCAGAGACUUCAUACAUUGGUGCCAUGUUUUAGUCUGGCGACCUCGUGCCUUUUUCCAGCCUGGACCUACUUCUGUCAACAAUGUAUGAUGAGGCAAUCGGUGAGUAGGCAUGUGUAGUACGUGCCCUUCCCUAACGAUCUCAGUCGAUGAAGGUUGACAAGUGUGUCAACUGACUUACCCGUAGUCCGUAAAACUCUACACCUGAGCCUGACUUGUGCAUUACUCACGUGGUGACACUAUGGAAUACGGCGUAUACUACGAAUGUGAUGGUGGUGAAACACUUGAAGGCAGCCUUCUCAUUUCUUCCACCUUGAAUGGCCAUAUUUCACAGUGAUAGAGUAGAAGAGAGUGGACUGUUGUGUAGUACACGCGACGGUUAAUAGACAAUCGUAUAAUAUCACGGUUGUGAUGCCACAGGUGGCGUAAAUUGGUGGAAGCCAACCGAGGUUUUUGUAUUUGUGUAGAGAUUUGAUUGAGCACUGAGCCAUCAGGGUUCAUUCUACUUGCCAGGUAAGUGAAGUGUUCGACACACUGAAGGAUUACAGUGUGUAUUGUUAGUUGUGUGAUCAUUGAAGACCAAUCGUGGAGCAACAAUUUGCAUUUGGGUGGUGAGAAACGCAUGGCUUCAAGUUUACGUUGUAAUGAAUAUUUUCUGUCUCGUUAUAUGUACGCGUAUCUGUUCGAUGUUAGUAAUCAUUGAUCUAGACACUUGAUCUCUAACCGAUGUGUCAUGAGUUCGAGUCCCGCUUUUUCAACUACUGUCUUGUCAGUUAGAUAUUAUCACUAACCAUCACACAAUAAGUGUGACUAAUCGUCUGUUACAGGGAUGUGCAAAUGAUUACUGAGCAGAUUUGGUUUUCACGAAAGACUAACUAAAUUGUUAUCAGUAUCGCUGGGAAAAUGGAGUAAAGGUCAACCUUUAACCACAAGCCAAUAAUACUCAAGGUCAUUGAAUAUCCUUCGUAAACAUUCAUACAAACAUUUCCCUUUUUUAUAAAGUGAACACUGAAGAUGUCGCUUAACCCCUGGCCUUUCAUGAUCGAUAGUGUUUAUAACAUACAACUAACCGGUCGUCUUUUUUUUCUUCUGAGCUUAUUUUUAGCAUGACCUUUCAAUCAAUUUUGAAGGUGAGAUACCUUAUCCACCAGGUGCUAUACGCUGUUCAUAUGAUCGUUUACAAAUGGAUGGUGCCUAUCUACUUGAUAAUGGAAUUUAUCUUAUCCUGUGGAUUGGUCCAAAUAUUCCUUCAGAAUGGAUUCAAACAGUUUUCAAUGCUUCAAAUCCUAAGCAUUUUGAAUCAGAGAAGGUUUAUGAUUUAUGUAAUUUCGAUAAUGAAACUUCAAGAAAUCUAUGCACAUUAUUAAGAAAGAUUCGUCAACACCAUUGGCAUUAUUCUAGAUUACUGGUGAUACGUCCAGGUGAUAAAACUGAAUUAUGGUUCCGUCGUUUUAUGGUUGAAGAUCGAUCCAGUAGUAAUUCUAUAUCAUACACAGAAUAUCUAUGUCAUAUACACAAAGAAGUUUCUGGUCUACUACGAUGAAGAAGAAGAGGAAAAAGGAAGACAAUACUGUGAAACUAUCUAAAGUAUGAUCAAAUGAUUAAUUUGAGCAGUUCCCCCACUCCUGUUAUUGGCACAUACUGCUACUAGUUUAAAGUGAAGGAUGCUUGUUCCAGGUUGCCUUAGUUUCUGUUCUUUAUUUUGUGUGCGUGUGUGUAAACACUCUUCCAUAGAGAUGUCCAUCCAAACUACAUUCUCUAACUUUGCUAAUACACUAUUAAUGCUUCCUAAAUUAAUGAACAUGUGUCAUUCAACUUGUCAUAUGUUCCUGGUCCCUCUUUGCCUCUCCUUCCCCCUCCACACACACACACACACACACACACACACACACACACACGUAUUGUAUGUGUAUGCGUAUGACUUGACUUCAUCACUCAGUCGCCUGAAUAGCGAAGGGAAAAAGCUCAUACUUUAUUUAUCAUUCUCAAGUAAGUGUGUGUUUGUUGGUGAUUGUUUUCUGUUCUCAUGUUUUAUGAGGGUUUUUUUUGCUUUGUCCUCUUCUUCUUCUCCACUGUUUUCAUUCAAAUUUUAUUUCACUUUUAUAUACCAGUGUUUAUUCACUAGUUGAUGGGAUUUUUUCAUUGUUAUUAAUUACGAUUAUUUUACGUGUUGAAAUUCUUUGAAUUACCUUUGAUCAUAUACCGAAAUACUUUCACACUUCUUCUUCAUGGGUCCACAUGGGGAACACACACACACACACAGACAAACGUUAUUGUUGUGUCCAACAGUCGUCUUGUUGCUUGUAUAUGUGUGCGCACACACUUGUGGCUGCCUCCUUUCUCCUCCUCCUCCUCCUCCUCUUCUUCUAACAAUUUAUACUUGAGCAGGAACAGUGAGUGAGUGACUUAUGGUCGGUCGGUGAUGUCUCUUCUUCCCCCCCCCCCCUUGUUUAAAGAAUUGCUUUGAUCAGAUAAAUAUUCUGCUUAUCUGAAGUUUAUUGAUUAAUUUUUCUCUGUUUUUACUGUUAACAACUAUGAAGUGGAGUUGUUUUUGUUGUCUCAUGUGGUUAACAAUAACCAUUUCAUUUUUUUGAGUGUACUUAGGUAUGUUGAAGUGACUGAGUGGAUCUGUGGAUGAAAGUUGGUAAAAUAUGCGAAUAUUCCUAAACUCUGGAUACGGACAAUGACUUUCCCCAGC